AUGAACCCAGGCACACCGGCGGCCGCUAUUGCACGGGCAUUGCGUCUGCGGCGGACCCAAUUGGCGACGAUGACUGGACGAGGCGUCUCCACCACUCCUGCUCCCUCCUCUCUCUCCACCAUCCCACCUUCUACGGGACAAACAACUCAUUCUUUUUCCUCCUCUCGUACUCGCUUAUCUUCCAAUUCAUCGUCUCCCUUACAUUCCAGUACGGCGCGAUCGAAUACUAGACCGUCUAGAUCACACCCAGCGGCCGUCAAUCGUGCUGCCCAAUUAACAAAACAUUUUACAACAUCCUCGCCCGCUCUGUCCUCAAAUUCUAUCGACCCCGCCAUGUCUUAUUCCAUUCGCAAAGUCGGCGCCGCCCACACUCUCGAGCACCGUGUGUACAUCGAGAAGGAUGGCGUCCCUGUCUCUCCUUUCCACGAUAUUCCUCUGUAUGCCAAUGAGCAGCAGAACAUUUUGAAUAUGAUCGUUGAGAUUCCUCGCUGGACCAACGCCAAGCAAGAGAUCUCCAAGGAAGAAUUCCUCAACCCCAUCAAGCAGGACACCAAGAAGGGCAAGCUGCGUUUCGUCCGCAACUGCUUCCCCCACAAGGGCUACCUCUGGAACUACGGUGCCUUCCCUCGCACCUGGGAAGACCCCAAUGUCGUUCACCCAGAAACCAAGGCCAAGGGUGACAACGACCCAUUGGACGUUUGCGAAAUCGGCGAACUUGUCGGUUACACCGGUCAGGUCAAGCAGGUCAAGGUCCUCGGUGUCAUGGCCCUUUUGGACGAAGAAGAGACCGACUGGAAGAUCAUUGUCAUUGACGUGAACGACCCUCUUGCCCCCAAGCUUAACGAUAUUGAGGAUGUUGAGCGCCACCUCCCUGGCCUUCUCCGCGCUACCAACGAAUGGUUCCGUAUCUACAAGAUCCCUGAUGGAAAGCCCGAGAACCAGUUUGCUUUCUCCGGAGAGUGCAAGAACAAGAAGUAUGCCGAGGAAGUCAUCCGUGAGUGCGCUGACGCCUGGGAGAGACUCAUCACCGGCGCUGCUCCCAAGGGAGACAUCAGCCUUGCCAACCUCACCAACUCCCACUCCCAAGACGUGGUCGAGCAGAGCGCUCUCUCCAACAUCCCUGCCGGCGAGAACCUUCCUCCUGCUCCUAUUGACGGCAGCGUCGACAAGUGGUUCUUCAUCUCCGGUGCUGCUGUUUAA